AUGAAGAUCACCUACAUCAUCGCCGCCUCCGUAGCUGCCGUAGCUGCUUCGCCAGUCGCCAAAGACCACACGCAGGAGAAGCGAGCCGCGUGUUUCCCUUUCCAAAACAUCAACGGCUGCACAAUCAACUGUGGCAUCGACUCCUACGGUGGCGAUUUCUACAAUUCUUUCGCCAAGGAUCUACCCGAAUGCGCUGCCAGGUGCAAGCAGGCUUCCCAAUGUGUCGGAUUCUCAUACGUGGGAACUGAGUGCUACAUGAAAGGCUCGCUGGGUGUCCCGAACCCUGACCUGCGAGUUAUCCUUGGCAUCUGUCCCAAGUAG